ACCGCCUGUUUCUGUUUCUUCUUCACUAAAUGGUGGAUACAGAUCUAUGAUAAAGAUCAUCCGUACCUACUGUCUCUGAUAAUAGCUCAGUAACCUUUGUACGCAUGUACAAAUGACGUUAAGUUUUAAAAUAUAACGCCAACAUGUCAGAAAGGCACCGCCGGGCGCUGCCGCCAUGGAUGGCGAAGAAGGAAGAGAAAGUGAAAAAGGAGCCGCUGAAGAGCAGGAGAAAACAGAAAACAACACGGGCUGCUUUCUACUGUAUGAACGAGAAAGAGCUGGUAGAGGCAGCUGUUUCAUAUCUUACCAACGCUGCCUGCGCGGACGUGGAUCUCCUGACUGACCAAAAGGUUGAAGACAAAGCGAUAGCAAAGCCGGUGACUUUAGAGGAGGAGUCCUUAGACUGCGGUGAUGCCCCGGAGAAGACGUAUGUGUCAGAAACAGACUUAGACAUUACAGAGGUGGAAACAGUGCCGUACGCUAAGAGCCCGCAGCAUCAGGGACCUGGGGGUCAGAGGUCAGGACCAGUACAGGAUCGUGGUGGUCUUGUGAAUGUUGGACUGGACGCUGAGGAAAAAGAGGAGCACUCACAGAUGCCGGCAGAGGCAGCAGAGGAGGAUGAUGCUAUGCGGCUUGUGCGAGAAAUCUUUUUCACCUGACCACUGAAAUGUGAACUAAGCUUUAAAGGAACACGCCGACUUAUUGGGACUUAUUCACCGUAACCCCCAGAGUUAG